AUGGUUUUUGAACCUCCAUCAUGGGUUCCGAAUGCUUCAUUGAAUAUACCAAAUGACAUACCAAUUAGUCAAUUCAUGCUGAAUGAGAAAUAUGGCAGACAACCCUUUAAAUCAUCUCGCAAUCCCUUCACAUGCGGAAUAUCAGGAAAAACAUAUACAAUUUCGGAACAGGCACAGCGAGUUGAGCACCUAGCAAAAGCCCUAUCAAAGGAGCUAGGGUGGGAACCAAAUACCGGAACAGAAUGGGACAAAGUAAUGGGAAUAUUCUCACUCAAUACUAUUGAUUUCAUGACAUUGGCAUAUGCAGUUCAUGAAUUGGGUGGAGUUGCUUCGCCUGCAAAUGCUCAAUAUUCUGCUGCGGAGUUAGAGUUUCAAUUGAAGUCCUCGGGGUCCAAAGCAUUAUUCACAUGUAUUCCUUUACUCGAUACUGCCCUACAAGCUGCAAAAGCUGCAGGUAUCUCAAAUGAUCGGGUAUAUAUUCUGGAUUUGCCCAAGGUGCUUACUGGGGGCAAAAAGGUACCAUUCAAGACUGUGGAUGAUUUGAUUGCUGCGGGGGAAAAGCUUCCAAAAUUGGAGUUAUUGAGAAUGCAGAAGGGGCAGGCGGCUAAACAGACAGCAUAUUUAUGUUACUCGAGUGGAACGUCAGGUUUGCCAAAAGGAGUGAUGAUUAGCCAUCAAAAUGUCAUUUCAAACGUCAUACAGCUCAAAACAUUUGAGCAAAACGUUAGAGAUGAAUGGGAAGUGAAUACAGAAGUAGCUUUAGGCCUUCUUCCCCUGAGCCAUAUUUAUGGAUUAGUCGUCAUAGCCCAAGGCACAACUUAUCGCGGUGAUGAAGUGAUUGUCCUUCCAAAGUUUGAAAUCCAGUCAUUCUUGAAUAGUAUUCAAACCUACAAGAUUCAAGGUCUCUACGUAGUCCCCCCAAUUAUCAUUCAAAUGGUGAACAAUCAAUCUGUAUGCUCGAAAUUUGAUAUCAGUUCUGUUCGAGGCCUUUUUACUGGCGCAGCGCCUCUAGGCACAGAAACAGCAGAAGAUCUGCAAAAGAUUUAUCCUAAAUGGGCAAUCCGUCAAGGCUAUGGUCUAACCGAAACAUCGACGGUGAUUUGCAUGACUUCCGUAAAGGAUAUCUGGCUUGGAUCCUGUGGCUCGCUCAUCCCGGAAGCCCGUGCAAAGCUAAUCAACCCAGAAGGCGUUGAAGUCACUGGCUUUAACCAGCCCGGUGAACUAGUAGUUCAGUCAAAAUCGGUAGUUCUCGGAUACCUCAAUAAUGAACAGGCAAACAAAGAAACAUUCAUCGCGGAUACAGAUGGAAAUGGUAGAUGGAUGCGUACGGGAGAUGAAGCUGAAAUUCGCAUAAGUCCAUCGGGGAAUGAACAUGUUUUCAUUGUUGAUAGAAUUAAGGAACUUAUUAAAGUCAAGGGUCUCCAAGUCGCACCCGCUGAGCUUGAGGCUCAUCUGCUAGCUCAUCCCUCCGUUGCCGAUUGCGCAGUAAUCCCUAUCCCAGACGAUGCAGCUGGCGAGAUACCGAAGGCAUAUAUUGUCAAAUCUCCAUCAGUAGGUAUAGAAGAGAAUGAUUUGUUGGUGAAAAGAGAGAUUUGUAAGUGGGUGGAGAGUCAUAAGGCAAGACAUAAGUGGUUGAAGGGUGGUGUGGAAUUCAUAGAUGUUAUUCCUAAGAGCCCGAGUGGAAAGAUUUUGAGAAGAUUAUUGAGAGAUAAAGAGAAGGACGCGAGAAGAGCUAAGGGAGCGAAGUUGUGA